UGGGCACAGGUGGGUGGCACUGGUGGGCACAGGUGGGUGGCACUGGUGGGCACAGGUGGGUGGCACUUCUGGGCACAGGUAGGUGGCACUGCAGAGUGGCACAGGUGGGGGGCACUGCUGGGCACAGGUGGGGGCACUGCUGGGCACAGGUGGGGGCACUGCUGGGAACGGGUGGGCGGGGCUAGUGGGCGCACUGCUGGGCACCGAUCAUCAGGGCACUGAUCAUCAGUGCCCUGAUGAUCGGUGCCGAUCCCCGCUCUGACAACUGCCGGUUCUCGGCAGUACUUUCCUCACGAUCUGACAGCGUGAGGAAAGUGCAGCCGAGAACCGGCACUUGCAU